GCAGCUUUCGCGAGAUUUCCCCGAGUCGGGUUCUGUGUGGAGCAACAUUUUCUUUGGCAGACGAACAGAACCGAAAUGAAAUCUGCGUGCAGGUGAAAGCAGACGAAAAGCUCGUCGGCGACUCGGCGUCCAGUCAGUGUGUGCUUUUCGGCUGUCAGUGGAACUUCGAAAGGGACGGAUGUAGCUUCUCGCCGCCCCUUGCCUCCCUGAAACGUCUGCAUUGAGGUGGCACUCGGACAAGCGAGGGAAACUGCCUGUAACCUUCGAAUUUGUGGAGGCAUGUCAAAGAAAAGAGGCAGGAAGCGAAGCAUCGGGGAGCUGAGCGAUGCCGGGAGCCCCGACCCCAACUGCAUCCUUGGCGUGCGCAUUCAGCACAACUGGCGCGAGAAGGGCAACCAGAGCAAAUGGAAAGGCACCGUGCUGGACCGACUCGGCGUUAACCCGUCACUCUUCAUGGUCAAGUACGACGGCUUUGACUGCGUCUACGGCAUUGAGCUGUUUAAGGACGAGCGCGUGUCUAACCUGCAGGUCCUCUCAGAAAGUGUUGUAAACAACAGGAUCAAGAUACCCACGGGGGCCGAGGAGCUGGUCGGCAAAGCCGUGGAGCAUCUCUUUGAAAAGGAAGAUGGUGAGAAGAACGAGUGGCGAGGGAUGGUGCUCUCCAGAGCGCCAAUCAUGACCAACUGGUAUUAUAUCACCUAUGAAAAGGACCCAGUUCUUUAUAUGUACCAACUGUGGGACGACUAUGCCGACGGGGACCUCAGGAUUCUGCCCGAAGCGGAAAACAAACACCUGCUGCCUGCCGACAGGAAGCCGGGGGAAGAGACUGAGAGCCUGGUGGGCAAACAGGUGGAGUACGUGACGGACAAAGGUGUGAAAAGGACCGGCCUGGUCAUCUACCAGGUCCCUGCCAAGCCCUCCGUCUACUACAUCAAAUAUGAUGAUGACUUUCACAUCCAUGUCUAUGACCUGGUGAAAACCACCUAGAAAGAGAGAUCCCUCCCUCACCCAUCUUUCGAAUUUCUUAUUUAAAGCCAUUGCAGAAUAGUUGACGCUUUCUCAUUCAUGUAUGCUUUUUUUGUUUUUUUCUUUGUAUGUUUGCACAGCACAACUGUAGCGUUCAAUCUACUCGCCGUGUCUGCAUUUCCAAGUGUAAAAGGCCAUAUUUCUGUUUGCUGACACACAAAGUUGGGAUACACCCCACUCCACAUUGGCAUUAAGUGGACUAACAAGGGAGUUAAACCCAUUAUUUCUGGAAUUAUACGUACUUAAAAGUCGGGACGAAUGGAAUACCGCACAAGUGCUUUACAAGACAUUUAGUGUUUAGCCUCUAUUUGGCUAUGUUAUGAAAUCCAUCAUUAUCGCAGGGUAUCUGCUCCUUUAACAACAGUGCAUUCUUUGUAAUGCUUAGAAGGAUGACAUUUGCUUGCAUCCCAAUGACACCAUUAAAAAAAAAAAAUCAUCAAGUGCCUUCAGGCUCACUUAUUUUUUAUUAAUUUUUUUCCCAAUACUUUUCAUAUCUCAGAGCAGGGGUGGAGGAACCAUGUACUAAAACAAAUACAACCUCAGACAAAUGCUUAUAAUACUUUUUUUUUUUUCAUAAAUAGCAGUUUUGUCCUUCUAGGAUAAAAGGUUCCCCACCUGUGUCUUUGAGAUCGCGUAUAAAGGCUUUUUAUUUUUGUUGUUGCGUUUAAGUGUCUUCUCAAUAGGCAACUUGCAAAAAUGCUUGCAGUCAAGUGUGUCCUGGUGCUUGUUGUGCUUGGCAGUAAAAAAAACUAAAAAGAUGCAGUAUGAAAAACUUUAUAUACAAAACCACCAGUGGUCGUAUAAUCUGUUGAUAUUGUCAGGAGCACUUUAUUGUACAACGUUUACAUGUUUAGAUUAGUUUUUCUCCCUCUGCCCAAUAAUAUGCUUCAUUUACAGGCAUGAUGGUUAAAAAAAACAAAAACAUUGCAGCACUUUCAGUAUUUAAUGCGUACAAGUUGUGUGAAAUUGUUGUGAAUAUUUCAUCCAAACAAUAAACAGGUAGCUCAAACCAA